AUGCAGCAAAGCAAGAGUUUCGAAGACGUUGAAGUUCUGAAGGGAGCACAGCGCUCUGCUGAGGUCCUAGCACACGAUUCACGCUUGAACUCGCCCAUUCAUCUGACACAGAUCCUUCCCAAUAACCCCGUCUUCUCGAUGACAAAGAAUUUCUGGAAAUCAUUGCAUGUCGACGAAAAAUGUCUGAAAAAUCAUAUCCGAUUGAUGGCAGGUUAUCAGCAACUUCCAGUGACAUUAUUGUUGAAUCCAUGCAGGUUCCACUCGGGAGAGUUCCACGAUAUGUUCGGCAAGAUGUCUGCUUUGGGAUGGCUUAAGCAAGUCUUUGAUAGCAUUGGUCUUGAUAUUGAGCAUGAAGUGCCCAUAUGGGACAUUUUGCCAAUGAUGUGCGACGAGUGGUUUGAAAAAAUGGCUCGCAGUGGACGCAAAGAGGAAGUUGAAAAGAUGGUCUUUCAAGGCUAUGAGCUCAUAGAGCAAUACUUGGAAAGAUUCAAGCCGCCGGCGAUAGUUGUACUACAAUGUACCACCCAUGCGUGCAGAGAAACCAAGUAUUCUUUCCUACAAACAGUUCACCAUCCCUUGGCAAAGGCUCUUUGUUCCUCGUUGGACAGGGCACUUGAAGGAAAAUGCGAGACCAUCAGAUAUCGGAACCAUGACGUUUGCGUGGUACCAGGGUUCCAUCCAAGUGCAUUCAAUUACGAACAGGAUGUUCUAGAGCGAGAUGUGCUUGCCAAAGCUCUCAAGAGAACUUUGAUUUCAGUUUAUAAACCAUAUGCCGAAGCUUGCUUUGAAAAGACUAUGAACACAACCUGA